UUGAGGAGAGGAGGGGUUUUUGAUAUGGUCUGUCAGACAUAACAAACCAAACAUAGUUAUGUGUUAACGUAUUUACCUCGGUUUUGUACAUUGGAAUUAUUGGUUUGCUCCUUUUGUUUAUCUGGACCUAUCCUGGCACAAUGGAGUUGAAUGAAUUUAACCGCAACGGUGUUGCCACAGCAGGCUCUGGCUAUUUCAACUCUGAGCAGUCCCUAAGGUUACGGAGACCGCCAUCGCAUGCGUCCAAUCAGAAUGCCUCCCCUCACUUUGACUGGGGCAGAUCGUCUGAGGGGGGUGAAGAUGAAGAUGAGGAAGAGCCCCGGCAUGUGAGGGAGCUGCCCAUGCCCUUCGCCCUGAGGAAAGCUGUCAGGCAGGUUCAGCAGAUGCGUGUACCUGUGGCCUCCAGGCGGGCGCGGCGGUCCAGAGCCCUGAAGCGCUUCUCCUCACAGGCAAAAAACGCUCUGGCCCUAGUCACUCUCUGGAGAAAAUCCAUACACAAGAUAGGAGGUCACUUUGGUGGGGGUGUCCAGUCCUACUUUGUGUUCCUGCGGUUCCUGGUCGUCCUGAACUUCCUGUCCUCCCUGCUGAUAGCUGGGUUCGUCCUCAUCCCCGCCAUCGUCUUCAACUCUCUCCACCUGAACACCACUAUCCCAGAGGCCAACCUCACAGGAUUUGAGGUGUGCAUGGUCUAUGACACCAGCCCAAAUGCACUGACAGUGUUCUACACAUACUUCCUGGACUUGCUGUCGGGAACGGGCUUUAUGGAGUACUCCUACAUGUUCUACGGGUACUACAACAACACAAUGAUAGUAACUAGUGGCUUCUCCUACAACAUCCCUCUGGCGUAUCUCCUGACAGCCUCCUUCUACUUUAUAUUCUGCUUCAUAUGCAUCAUCGUCAGGAUGGGAGGUGUGUGGCGGGUUGCCGUGACAACGGGUGGAGGCACUGUCGGAGGUUACAGUAUGCUGCUGUUCACUGGCUGGGACUAUGGUCUCCAAGGAGACCGUGCCACCAAACUGAAGCAGAACAACAUCCGCUACCAGCUGCAGGUGGACCUGGAGGAGGAGAGGCUCCAGUUGAAGGCUAAGUCCCUGACUCUUCUCCAGACCGUGGGCACGUAUGCACUGCGCACCCUCCUCAACCUCAUUGUCCUCGCGCUCAUCGGAGGAGCCUUUGCAGGCAUUGCUUUUGCAACACAAUUCAGCCAGACCCAGGAAGCUCAGGAGGGGAUAGUGGGCCUUCUGCUGGAGUACCUGCCCUCCAUCGUCAUCACGGCCAGUAACUUCGUCGUUCCCUUGCUGUGUGACCAAAUUGCCCUGCUGGAGAAGCACAGCCCAAGCACCACCAUCAUCCUGGCCCUCCUCAGAGCAGUGUUCCUACGCUUGGUCAGCUUGGCAGUUUUGUUGUUCACCCUGUGGGAAAACAUCACCUGCUACACAGAUAGGAGUGCAUGCAGUCCCUGCCAGUACAACCACCGCAUAUAUCAGUGUUGGGAGACCCGUGUGGGACAGGAAAUGUAUAAGUUGGUGCUAUUUGACUUCUUGACGACCAUUGUGAAGCUAAUUCUGGUGGAUUUUCCUCGACGCAUGGUAGUGGACAACUGCUCCUGGUCCCUGGUCCAGUGGGUGGGUCGUGAGGAGUUCCUGGUGCCCCCCAAUGUUCUGGGGCUGGUGUAUGCCCAGACAGUGGUGUGGACAGGAGCCCUUUUCUGCCCUCUGCUGCCUCUGCUCAACACCAUCAAGUUUGUCAUCAUCUUCUACUGCAAAAAGAUCAGCCUGUUCCAGAACUGUCGCCCAGCAGCGAGAACAUUCCGCUCCACUAGCUCAAACGUUGUUUUCUUCCUGGUUCUGUUGUUUGGUUGGAGUCUGGCCACCACUGUUCUGAUUUACAGUAUGGCUGAACUUCACCCAUCCUAUGGCUGUGGUCCCUUCCGGUUCUCGGUGACCAUGUGGAGCAUCGUGCCCAACUCGUUCCAAGGUCUGUCCCCAACCACGAAGGAGUUCCUGCGCUACAUUGGCUCCCAAGCUUUCUCCAUUCCCCUCCUCCUCCUCUCCUGUGUGGUACUAUGUUACGUGGCUGCAUUGGCAUCCGUCUAUGGCAACAGCGUGGCUUUGCUCAAAGCCCAACUUAAACUGGAGGGACGAGACAAGCAGUUCCUGGUCAAGCAGAUAGAGGAGCUCACUAAGAAGCAGGGUGUCCCAAAACAUGACAGAGAUCCCAUUCUGAGGGAUCCCACCCCCAUGGCCGUCGACCCCAUGAGGGCUAGCUUCAGGCCGACGCAGAACAACUACAGCUAGACUGCUUCGCUACCUCAUGCUCGGGACUGAAUCCCAAGAGCUGUUCACCAUAGACCAAUGAAGUUCGCCUCCAAAAAGGAUCCAAAGCUGCCAUCUUUGCCCAUAUAAGGAUAUCCAGAUGUUAAUUGAAGCUAACUGCCUAUGGCAAGAUGCAUUGCAAGUUAGCUCUGGGGUAGCAAAAAUCAAAAAAAAGUUUGUGGUCUUAACGUACUAAAGAUCGCAGUAUCCACUUGAAGGCAGAGGACAAAAGUGUGUAGAGCAAAACGACUGUAUUUCCGAUUUCUUCGUCCACACGAGAGUUUAACAGGUGCAAUAAUUAAAAAUCCCCAUGUUAUUUUCCCAUAGGAAAAAUUGCAAGAUACCGGAUCUCCUUAUAUUGGCAAAGAUGGCAGCUUUUUUGUAGGCGAACUUCAGAGAUCUAUUCCAGCUGACACUCCAUCUUCCUAUGAAUUUGUGAAAAAUAUGUCAAUCAUUUCAAUGGUUAAUCCCCUUUAAAAAGAACAACCUGAUAUGGACCUUCUAAAUGCUUCCACAUGCCAAAGGGAUUAUAAUAGCCUAAGCAGUGUUCAACGAAAAGAAUGUGAAGAAUUUUGUAAACCAAAUCCUUUAAGUUAAAUGUAUGUAUAAGCAAUGAAUUGAUUUUGAAAUGUAUAGAUAAUUCAUCCUAAUGUAUGGGCUGUGAAAGUCCAUACCAGUUCAAGAGAACUCAGAACACGGUCUUUGUAUGACAUUCUGAUAGUUUAUCAAUGUUCUUUAUGUUUAAAUAUUUAUGUGUGUGGUAUUUAGCAGAUGCUUUUGUACGAAGCGACUUAUAAUGACAAUCAAUGAGCAGUACAUUAACAUUAAAAUUAACUGUUUUAGUCUAAUCAAAAAGCUUAAAAAUAUCAAUAUUAUAAAUAGGCUAGACUAAUGUAACAGAAUAAUAAACAUACAAACUGUGACUCUGUAAGGAUAAAUCAAUUAGUGAGAAAAGGGAAAUUAAUUAGUUGAAAAUCUUGUGUUGAUAAGCUUGAUAUUGAGGUUAUACAUGGAAAUUAUGUAUAUUUAGAAAAAUGCUCAAAACUGAACAUAAUUUCCUGAAACCUGAGUAGGGCCAAAGAUCUUUGGUAGGGCUCCCUCUGGUGGUGAUGUAAUGGUUUUGUUGUUGUGAUACGUAAUGAUGUCAUACGUCGACCAACUUCCUGUUUUGAUACUCUACUAUGAGUCUUGUGGAAGAUAGCCGAUUCAGUUAGAUAUUGUGAGAAAAACGUUUUUUUACGCGAUAUGUAAUUGUCGAGUAAACAUAGAGACUCAUGCGUAAAGACUCAUGCAUAAGCCUGUCUGAUGCCUUCGUGUUAUAGCAUCAUGGCUCAUGUAUGAAAGGGGAAACUUUAGUCUAGUAGGUAGGUAGCUACAGCUAAUUCAUAUUGACUGAGUCCAACUGUAAUGUUAGGCUACAUUACCCUGUAUGAAAUGCCUGUUGUCUUAAUGCGUUAAGAAGCACACAAGUAAAGAGCCACUUCAAUAUUCUCAA